AUGGCUGACAGUGACGAUCUGUCACUCUUGCCGGCGUUCAAGAUCGGUGAUGCGAUAUCUGGCCAUAGAAACGUCCAGAGUAUAAACAGUUACAGUAACCUGGAUACUGACCAACAGAGGGCCAUAUCAGCUGUGCUUUCCAAUCAGCAAAAUAGGCUUAGGCCUAGUCCUGAAAGAGAAGGUGCUCCUCCAGUGACGUCUGAAACGGGUUUAGGCCUAUGUGCAGCCAGCCACAACCUCUAUGUCAUCAAUUUCAGCACUGCCCUUCUUCCACCUCAAUGCCCGCGUUACCAGGAUAUAGAUUAUGUCAGUCCCGGACAAAUAGCCAAUACAGACACAGACGAAUCCUCCCCACCGCUCCCUCAUCCCCCCAUCCCCCGCCAAUUUCCAUCUCCUCCGCUCCCUCAUCCCUCGCCAACUUCCAUCCCCUCCGCUCUCUCACUCCCAUCCCCCGCCAACUUCCAUCCCCACCGCUCCCUCACCCCCCCCCCCCCCAUCCCCGCCAAUUUCCAUCUCCUCCGCUCCCUCAUCCCUCGCCAACUUCCAUCCCCUCCGCUCCCUCACUCCCAUCCCCCGCCAACUUCCAUCCCCACCGCUCCCUCACCCCCCCAUCCCCCGCCAACUUCCAUCCCCUCCGCUCCCUCAUCACCCCCCAUCCCUUGCCAACUUCCAUCCCCUCCGCUCCCUCACUCCCAUCCCCCGCCAACUUCCAUCCCCACCGCUCCCUCAUCCCCCAUCCCCCGCCAAUUUCCAUCUCCUCCGCUCCCUCAUCCCUCGCCAACUUCCAUCCCCUCCGCUCUCUCACUCCCAUCCCCCGCCAACUUCCAUCCCCACCGCUCCCUCACCCCCCCCCCCCCAUCCCCGCCAAUUUCCAUCUCCUCCGCUCCCUCAUACCUCGCCGCCAACUUCCAUCCCCUCCAUCCCCACCGCACCCUCAUCCCCCCCAAACUUCCAUCCCCUCCGCACCCUCCCCCCCAUCCCCCGCCAACUUCCAUCCCCACCGCUCCCUCACCCCCCCAUCCCCCGCCAACUUCCAUCCCCUACGCUCCCUCCCCCCCCCAACUUCCAUUCCCACCGCACCCUCAUCCUCCCCCCCAACUUCCCUCCCCUCCGCACCCUCCCCCCCCAUCCCCCGCAACUUCCAUCCCCAACGCUCCCUCAUACCCUCCAUCCCCCGCCAACUUCCAUCCCCUCCGCUCCCUCAUCCCCUCCAUCCCCCGCCAACUUCCUUCCCCACCGCUCCCUCAUCCCCCUAUCCCCCCAUCCCCCAAAAACUUUCAUUUCCACCGCUCUCUCAUCCCCCAUCCCCCGCCAACUUCCAUCCCUUGCGCUCCCUCAUCCCCCACCAACUUCCAUCCCCACCGCUCCCUCACCCCCCAUCCCCCGCCAACUUCCAUCCCCUACGCUCCCUCCCCCCCCAACUUCCAUCCCCACCGCACCCUCAUCCUCCCCCCCAAACUUCCCUCCCCCCAUCCCCCGCAACUUCCAUCCCCAACGCUCCCUCAUCCCCUCCAUCCCCCGCCAACUUCCAUCCCCUCCGCUCCCUCAUCCCCUCCAUCCCCCGCCAACUUCCUUCCCCACCGCUCCCUCAUCCCCCCAUCCCCCAAAAACUUUCAUUUCCACUGCUCCCUCAUCCCUCAUCCCCCACCAACUUCCAUCCCCACCGCUCCCUCACCCCCCCCCCCCAAUCCCCCGCCAACUUCCAUCCCCACCGCUCCCUCAUCCUCCCCCCAUUGCCCGCCAACUUCCAUCCCCUGCGCUCCCUCAUCACCUCCCAUCCCUUGCCAACUUCCACCCCCUCCGCUCCCUCAUCCCCCCCCCAUCCCCCGCCAACGUCCAUCCCCACCGCUCCCUCAUACCUCGCCAACUUCCAUCCCCUCCGCUCCCUUCCCCCCCAACUUCCAUCCCCACCGCUCCCUCAUACCUCGCCAACUUCCAUCCUCUCCGCUCCCUUCCCCCCCAACUUCCAGCCCCACCGCUCCCUCAUCCUCCCAUCCCCCGCCAACUUCCAUCCCCUCCGCACCCUUCCCCCAUCCCCGCCAACUUCCAUCCCCACCGCUCCCUCACCCCCCAUCCCCCGCCAACUUCCAUCCCCUCCGCUCCCUCAUCCCCUCCAUCCCCCGCCAACUUCCAUCCCCUCCGCUCCCCCAUCCCCUCCAUCCCCCGCCAACUUCCAUCCCCCCCGGUCACCCUUGCCCUCCAUCCCCGACAACUUCCUUCCCCACCGCUCCCUCAUCCCCCCAUCCUCCACCAACUUUCAUCCCCACCGCUCCCUCAUCCCCCCAUCCCCCGCCAACUUUCAUCCCCACCGCUCCCUCAUCCUCCCCCCAUUCCCACCAGCUUCCAUCCCCUGCGCUCCCUCAUCCCCCCAUCCCUUGCCAACUUCCAUCCCCUGCGCUCCCUCAUCCCCCCAUCCCCCAACCAACUUUCAUCCCCACCACUCCCUCAUCCCCCCAUAAAGAUACUCAUUUUAAGAAAUCAAAACGGUGA